AUGAAGCACAUAGUAAAGAUUAUGGCUUUGUUGGUAGCUCUAUCAGCUUUCUGGAUUAGCCUGUUACAAGCAUCGGUACUUCCACAGAGCUACACUUGGUUGCUACCUCUCUACUUCAUUGUGUCACUUGGGUGUUAUGGUCUACUAAUGGUUGGAGUUGGUCUCAUGAGAUUUCCUACAUGCCCGCAUGAGGCAAUUCUAUUACAAGAGGAUAUUGCUGAAGCCAAGGGAUUUCUAAAGAGCAAAGGAGUGGAUAUUGGUUCUGAUUGA